AUGGAGAAGAUCGCCAGGAAGCAGCUCAUCUGCGCGCACCCGCUCAACGUGACGGAACCCUCGCAGCUCACCGGGUUGAGACAGUCUGAGGUCCUCAGCUGCGGACCUUCUUCUCCAGACACGGCCUCCUUUGGCCAUCGGACCGCUGCUCAGCCGUUCUGGGAGAACCUGACCGUGUACUUCUCCGCGGGCCGGCUCAGCUAUUGGGCCCUGAGCCGCACGGGAGCUCUUCACACGGGGACGCCGUCUCCGAGCCGGGGCACCUGCUCCUCCCCACCGCCCUGCAGCGUGCCUCGGACGCUGCAUCCCUCACCCUCCGCCCUGUAUCUCCGAGCUGAGUGGCAGGCUGGGGGCCGCCCUGGGUUCUUUCACGAUGUGGUGAGUCAGGUGCAGCUGCAGGAGGGCACGGAGCAGGGGCUCCGGAAAACCACGGUCAGCAUGCUCGUAGUGUUUGUGGGAAAAGUGCUGAAGAGGCUUUUCCCUCGUGUUCCCUGCAGCCAAGUAAAGAGCGCACCUGUGACUCCAGCGUCUGACAAACCAGCCAGGAGAGUGGCCGCUGAAGAGGUCCCCAGGUUGACAGAUGAGGACACCAAGGUCCCACCUCGAAGGCGACUCUACACGGCGAGUUUGCCUCCUGAGGGGUAUGUCCCUGCUCCGCCAGAGCCGCGGGACAGCCCAGCCUCCGAGGACACGUCUGGCAGCGAUGACACAGGAGGAGGGUGCCAGCUCCCAGAGGAGGAGCUUCCCGAUCCACCGAAGAGAAGAAGGGCGAGAAAGCAUAAAUCCAGAAAGAGUUUUAAAAAUCCCAAUAGUGAUCACACGGAACCAGCAGAAUUAGAGAAACAGCAGAGUCUUUUACAAGAAAAGUCGCAGCCACAGCCCACAGAUGGCCCCACGAUCAGUAGAAAUAAGAAGAGGAAACUGAAGAAAAAGCAGCAGAUGAAGAGGAAGAAAGCUGCGGGUUUACUCACAGCAGCCUCUGGCCGCAACUUCAUGUACCAGCCCGAGGAGGGCGACAGCGAGCAAGGAGCCCCGGCAGACAGCGGCGGGGACGAUGAGGGGGACGAUGAGGAGGACCGGGCAGACGCCUGCGGGGAGCACCAGGACAGGACAGAUGCCAACGAGGAAGACGUUAAAAGUACCGAUGAGAAGGCAGAUGGGAUCCUAAACUUUCUGAAGUCGACACAAGAAAUUUAUUUUUAUGAUGGUGCCUGCAAGGAUGGGGACUCAGCCGUGUCCCUGGAGGCUUGUCAGCAGCUGCUCCAGCGUCUCGAGGACCACAGCGUGUCCCCCUCCGACGUGCUCCUGGUGGAUCACAUGAAAACACUGGUACUCUUGCGAGACACCACGAGCCUGCAGCGCGCCCUGGAGAGGUUCCCGGCGCAUUGCACCAUGCCACCCGACCAGGCCAGAGUGCUCUCGGCUUUCUUUAAUUACUGGAUCACACACAUCCUUCCCGAGAAACACCGGGAAUAAAUCAGUGCAUCUGGAAGAGCGAACAUUUAGCAAGAAAAUAUCAAAGGCAAACAUGAGGCCAGCAGAGACAUUCCUACAAAGAAGACAGAAUCCCCUCCGCUUCUGUUGUAACCCGGAUCCGGG